AUGCAUGUCGGAGAUCCAGAACAAAAAGAAGUAAAGGUGGGAGAAUACAAUGCUGUGGAUGACACAUUGGUAAUAAUCAACAACAGCAUCAGGUUCCAAGGAGUCGAGCCUCCGAAGGACAAAACAAUUAUACAAGAGGAGCUGCGCAAAAUCUCCCUGCCUCUCUACAGCAUCCUCUCUGCCCUCACAAUCCUAGGAAUGAUCAUGGCCAGUGCUUUCUUGUUCUUUAACAUCAAAAACAGGAAUCAGAAACUAAUAAAGAUGUCCAGUCCCUACAUGAACAACCUUAUUAUCCUUGGAGGGAUGCUUUCUUAUGCAUCUAUUUUUCUUUUUGGUCUUGAUGGAUCCUUCGUCUCCGAAAAGACAUUUGAGACACUUUGCACAGUCCGAACAUGGAUUCUUACAGUGGGAUACACAACUGCAUUUGGAGCAAUGUUUGCAAAAACGUGGAGAGUCCAUGCAAUUUUCAAAAACGUAAAAAUGAAGAAAAAGAUCAUUAAAGACCAGAAGCUACUGGGGAUAGUUGGAGGGAUGCUACUGAUUGAUCUUUGCAUCCUGAUUUGCUGGCAGGUUGUGGAUCCUUUGAGGAGGACAGUGGAAAAGUAUAACAUGGAGGUUGCUAAAGUGUAA